CAGUAAAGAUUAAGGCGGAUGUGUGUCGCCUCCGUUCUGUGACACAGGAAAUGUAAAUACCUGAUGUAGAGGUGGAGGAACAGCGGCAGAGACAAGCACAGUUGGUGUAGAGCCAAAGACGAACAUGAUGUCCAGCCUGAUGAGAUUUCUGCUAGUGAGUCUUCUUCCGACAGGCAUGGGCGGCACGUUGUUGUACAGCAAACUUGGAGGCGACGUCCUCCUGCCGUGUUUCAGCCCUGUCCCCCUAAACUGCUCCUCGAUCAGCUGGACCUUCUACCAAGGCGGCCGCGUGGAGUUUGCAGUGCUGGUCAGGGAGGGGGGCGUGAGGGCGGACUCCGACAAGUCCAUCCGCUUGACCCUCGCGUCGAACUGCUCCCUCGCCGUGCGCGACCUCGUCGUCGACGACGCCGGCUCCUACCACUGCAUGGAGCACCAGCAAUCCAUCACUGCCGUUUACUUGUCUCUCCUCGCCAUUACCUCGUCGUCCACCGUGACCGAGCUGCAGCCCGGCGGACGCCUCGCCCUCAGCUGCACCGUAUUUACCUACUACGACACCGGCCUGUGCGCGGGACGGUCCGAAGCGUUCAACAUCACCUGGGCGGCCGAGGACGGCGUUACGCUGCGCAACGACACCAGGCAAGAGCUGAUCUUCAGCACCAGCUGCAGCCUCACUCUGGUCACAAAGCUCAGGAGGGAAGACCACAACAGGAAGUUUAGGUGUCAGGUGAGCGACCAAAAGAACAGCACAGCGGCAUUUCUGGACUUCACUUCUGCUUUCUUGUUCCAAACUACUCCAACCGCAGAGAAUCCAGUUCAGCUCCCCAUUAGCCGCAUCAUACUCUGUGUGGCUCUGCCGGUCAUGGUGCUCAUAGUGGGGUUCUUCACAUGGAGAGAGGACCGUAAAAGGGCCAAAGCAUCAGCUGGCAUGAAGCUGCAAGAAAUUAACUGACUGUUCAUCACUGCUCUACACAUAUGUGUAAUUUUUUACUUCUGGCUUUGAUCUUGAUUUUUCUAAUUUUGCAUGCCUCAAAUCUACAUGCAUCACAUGCUUAUGUGUUGGAAUCUGGAUUUUUACAGUUAUUUUAGCUUCAUGUAAAAAAAUAUAAGGCCUAACAAUAACAGUAGGGAAAUGGUGUGUAAUUCUAAAACCAAACGUGUUUUCACUCUUUUUUCAUUUGCUAUAUAUUUUAGAACCCAGAAACCACUUUGGCAUGCAAUUUGGUAGGCUUUUAUUAUCCCCCAUACCAAGAUGGACUGACCCAACCUGCCAACACCUGUCAGUGCAGCCUUGAAAAACAUACACAAAAAAGAGUUGUGUUUGAUGCGAAACAGCAAUGCCUCUAUAGGGCGUUAUUAAUAGAUAGCUCGGAGAGAUCUGACCAGAGCAAGUUAAUUAUAUACUUUUGGAAUAUACAUUUUGAUUACCUUUGCCUCAGUCACGACCAUUUUAGCAGAUAAUAGUUAUUAUCAAAAGACAAAAUUCCUAGUGCAUUAUGUUUGUAAAUACAUAUAUGUGAAAAUAUGUUAUCCAUGCU